GAUGAUCGUGUGGUUCAGCUGGGCAUGGGUGGGGGGAGGGCAGGAAUUUUUGCUACCAGUUCUCCGAACCACCCGCCGCCAUCGCUACCAGACCGGGGAUCCGGUCCGAACCGAGAGCAUUUAACCCCUGGUAAACACCCUUGAUUGCUGUAAAGGUGAAGAUAAAGGUUACCAUGUCAGGUGUGUCUGACUCUAAGGCACCGUGCUCAUCUCCGUUUCUUGGCCAAGGGAGCCAGCAUUUUCUAGAGACAAUUUCCAUGAUCACGUGGCCAGCAUGGCUAUACGCCAAAGGUGCAUGGGAUGCUGUUUUCUGUAGUUUCUCAGUAAUUGUAAGAUGGAAUGAUAUAUUUGUUAACCAGCAGAAUCACAGUAGUGAGAUGGAGAGCCAUAGAAAUAGUUUAAGUAAAUAAAAACCAAUGAAAAUAAUGUAUCUGGAUAGCUUCUGCUGAAUUCAGACAGGGGUCUGACCUGUCCAUGUCAGAGCCAGUGCAGCCUCUCUGACCCAGGUUUGUGGUGGAACAAUAAUAGAAAGUAUUUGACAGCAGGGAAGAUGUAUUUGAGCAGCCAGUUCUACAGGUCAAAGCAGUCCACAUAAGACUCAGAUCUUUCUGGAAAGUAAUGGGGAUAGGAAGCAAAACAGUGAAAGUAGUCACAACAGUUUCAUCUACUGUAAAAGUGGAAUUUCAGCCAGCUUUGGUCCAGCCAUGGUGACAAAACUGCAUGGGUUGGGACUGGGCCACAUAUGGUAGUGGCCAAAAUUGUGGAAACCUUUUGGGAAAAGUGUAUUUUCUAAAACUAGGUAAUAACACCACUUUUUUUUUGAGUAGUACCAUAAAAUAAUUUAUCAAUGGAAAGAUAAUUUAAUCAAGAAUGGAAUGCAAUAAUUUUUAUGAAGGAUUUGCUAUUAGAAUAGCAGCUACAGUAUAAAGAAGAAAAGUGAAAUAUGUAUAAAACACAAAAUAUACAAAAUUUAUCACCAUAGAAAAAAUGAGAUAUACAAAAAUUAUAAAGGUAACCUUUAUCAUGAAUUACGGCUUUACAAUGUAUUCCCAUGGAGUGAACCAAGUAUUUUAGUUCUGCAGCUGUUAUAAUGUGAAACCAAGAUUAAAUGUUUGUUUCCAUUAACUGGGUUUUAUUGCUGGGUUGCUUCUGACUAAGUUUCUUUAGUUGGCUCCAUAGAUUUUCAAUUGGGUUAAGGUCUGGGCUAUUCCUAGGCCAUUCCAGCAGUGGAAUAUGAUUAACUUGAAACUCCAAAAAAAAAAAAAAAAAAGUGGUGUUAUUAGCCAUCAAACCUCAAAAAUACACUUUUCCCAAAAGGUUUCCACAAUUUUGGCCACUGCUGUAAGGGGAAUUUACACCUAGAUUUAAAACAUUAAACAAAAACAAGUGUUUGUGUAUAAAAUUAUCAUUGUGUACAGCUCUCUAUAAAAAGAAUUCACAUAGAGAUCAAGUAUGGAGUUAAUAAAGCUGAUUGCAUCCUUCCAUGCACUCAGUAGACUGAGGGUUCCUAUAUAAUUUUUUCUUCAUUGUGUGGAUUUGUUUCAACUGAUAAUAACAAGGGCAGCAACAGUGUAAAAGCUGGGCUUGUUAUCGUUGACCGAGGACUCAGAAACCUGCCUGUUCCUAGCAUGUUUAUCCUUAGCCAUUUGCCUACAUAGAAGAUAGUCUUUGUUUCUCCCCUAAUCAGUUCUCCCUAUUAGUUUGUACCAGUUUUUGUUACUUCUUUGUUCGCUGUACCUAGGACUAUUUUGAGACCUUGGUAUUAAGUUGAAGGAGGUGUUGAUUUUCUUCAGCUGAUCAAGUUGCUUGAUUUGGAGAGACAUUUGAGAGACACAAGAUUGCCACUGCCUGCCUAUGUAUUCCUUUUCAGAUAUGAAUAUUUUAUUAUGGAAGAAUUUCCACAGGGUUCCUAAGAGCAGGUUGUUCCAGCAAAGAAUGCUGUGUCUGUAUAACAAUACUCAUGGUUUUGAAGAAGAUGAAAUAAAGAAAAAGCUUCAGCAGUUUAUGGGUGGCUCUGUUAACCUGUCCAAAGAAGAUGAUGGGAUUGGAGUACUUACGCUGAACAAUCCAAGGUUUAUGAAUGCAUUUACAGGAACAAUGAUGAUAGAACUACAGGAGAGAAUUACUGAACUAGAAGAUUGGAAGGAUGGGAAAGGACUUAUUAUCCGUGGUGCGGGAAAUACUUUUUGCUCAGGAUCUGAUCUGAAUGCAGUGAGAGCACUUUCCAGCUCUCAGGAUGGGAUGAACAUGUGUAUGUUCAUGCAAAACAUCUUAACCAGACUCAUGAGAUUACCUCUAAUCACAGCUGCAUUAGUUCAAGGGAAAGCUCUAGGUGGAGGAGCAGAACUAACUACUGCAUGUGAUUUCAGGUUAAUGACUCCAGAAAGUGAAAUUAGAUUUGUCCACAAGCAGAUGGGCUUAGUGCCAGGCUGGGGGGGAGCUGCCAGGCUUACCCAAAUCCUUGGCAGCAGCCCUGCCCUCAAGUUGCUGAGUGGUGCUGUGAAACUGGAUCCACAGAAUGCCCUUCAUAUUGGCUUGGUAGAUUCCAUCUUGUCCUCAUCUGAUGAACAUGAGUCUCUGAGAGAAAUGCACACAUGGCUUAAGCUAUAUACCACAGGUCCUGCUGAAGUCAUUCAGGCUGUGAAGAAAGUUGUUUCAGCAGGAAGAGAGCUACAAUUAGAAGCUGCCUUGAGGAGAGAAAAAGAGAUAUUUGGAACAGUUUGGGGUGGUCCUGCUAAUUUGCAGGCAUUGGCUCAGAGAACAAAACAUAAAUGAGACAAUUUUCAUCUUACUUUCUUCAACUAAAACAGCUGCUGCCAAAGAUGACUGCUGGGAAACCUUCCAAACAUUAUGAACUCAGUAGGUGUUAGCCUUAUUAGGACAGCUCUCCUGGAAUGCCAUUGGCACUGCACUGACAAUUAACUAGAGGUGCCACCCCAGGUUUUUUUUAAACAAUACUUUCAUUUUCUGGGGUUUUUUUCUCCAAAGACUCCCACCCUGAUGGUACCACCUGAUAUGAACCCACUUGGAAAUUAAUGUGCAUAAAGUGGCAUGUGUAAGCACCGUAAGACUUGAGAAAAUAAUUUUCCUCAGGAUUUUUAAAUGCUGGCAUGGCUUGAAGUCUGUGCAGCACAAUAGAUAGUACCAACUAUCUAAAGAUAACAUUCCAUUACCUUACCUGUGCUAAUUAGCUUGUAUGAAGCAUCUUGGAUGAACCAGUGUUUUUCAGAUGUCCAUAUGCACACAUAUCUCAUGGUAGAAGUAAAGUAUCUGCUUUAGUUCUCAGUACAUUCUACAUACACCAUGUUCUGCUUACAUUAGCUGGUCAGACAUAAUAUUGUAAACAAGGCCAUACAACAUUUCUGAUGCACUUUCCAAAAUGCUUUGGAAUACACGUCAUAGUAAAUAGAGCACUUGAAUAUGAAUUUUUCCAACAGAAGUUCAUUUUCCCAGUAUAGUGCAGCAGUUGGGUUCUGUUUUCUGAAGGACUAUUUUGAAAUCAAAUCCAAACAACUGCAUAACUUUAAAAUUAAUUCUGAUGAAUAAGCUUAUUAAACUAUAAUAAUACAUUCAACAAUCUAGGCACCUGUUGAGGGGGCAAUGUCUUUGCUUAUUAGCUGACACAGCAUACAACACAGCCACAUAAAUAUCUACUCUGAUGUAUCAGUAUAUUCCAUUGAACUUCCUCCUAAAAGGUAAAACUGUGUGUGCUCUACAGCUGUGCUCUAGUCCUUAGAUGUCGAAGUUUGAAAUAGUGGUGAAUUCAUCAAUCUAGAUUGCCUUAACAGAUCUCUGUUAAACUAAACUACUUUUGCUGAAGAAAAGGACUUCUUUGCUGAACUUGCCUUUAUUAAGGACCCAAUUUCUAUACUUUUCUUGAGAUCAGAGGUGUUCUUCCCAGCUGCAGGCAGAAGCAUGAAGAAAGUGCAAGGCCUCCGGAAGCAGAACGAUUUUGUUCUCUUAGUUUUACAAGAUGUGAUACCAAAAUAAAAAAAAUAUAACCUUCCCUCUGGACGGUGGUGGUGGUGGGGAAAAGGACUAAAUUCCAUCAUUCACCAUGCUAAUUAAAGUUGAACAUAUAGUUAAGGACAUUAGAGCAAUUUGGGAACAUCUACAGCUGAGAACUGAUCACUUCAUAUUUGCAGAUUUGCGUUUAUUGCAGUAGCCUUGAUGAAUCUGUUGAAAUUAAGGCCUGGUGCUAUCUUGUAAGCAGAUUUGAGCAUCUAUUUCUUAAUUUCAUACUAAUUCACUGGUAGAAAAUGAGAGAUGGGAAGGAGAAUUUUUUAAAAUCAAGUUAAGCACAUUCAGUUGUUCACGAGUCAGAUAUUUUCUUCAGUAAAAUACAUAAUUGGGAUGUCUUUUAAUUGUAGUUCAUUAUGUCUCUAGUCUCAUAAAAUUAUUUCUAAUGAUGUGUAUUAAUUAAACAUUAUUUAAAUAUUUAAUAUUAAUUAAAAUUUAAGUUUCUUGUGAAUGUGAGCAAAAAAAGAAUAUGAAUUAUGUAAUUAUUCAGAACCUUUAAAUGUUUUGCUCAAUUCUGUAAAGGAGAUCUAUUUUUGUAUGUAUUGCAAUAUAUCUCUGUAAAGCAACUAUAACUACAGUACUUUGAGAUUAAGCUAUAAUCAGGUGGCCCAUUGCAUGCUAGGACUUCUCAACUACAUUACUUCUUUUAAAAAAAUAUUUAAUUAUGUUGCUAAAGUAUUACAGGUGUUUAAUUUAUUUUUUAGUUUGCCUUUAUUAUUUUUAUAAAUAAUACAAGGCAGUGAACAUAUCUAAUAUUUCCUUUUUUCUUUAAAAUAUUAACAACCCAGUGAGGUGGGCUAGGCUGAACUGAGACAGUGUGACUGUCCCAAAUUAGCUAGCUAGCUGGUGCCUAGCUAUACGUAAGGUAGGACUAUAACACAGAAUCUUCUAGUUUCCAGCCUGGUGUCUUAACCACUAGACCAAUCUGGUUGUAUUUCUCUAUUGGAAAUACAUGUAAAAAAAUUCCUGCCAAAACAUAAUUUAAAUCAGGGGUCUCCAACCUUGGUCCCUUUAAGACUUGUGGACUUCAACUCCCAGAGUUCUUCAGUCAGUUUUGCUGGCUGAGGGACUCUGGGAGUUGAAGUCCACAAGUCUUAAAGGGACCAAGGUUGGAGACCCCUGAUUUAAAUAACACCCUAAGUGGAAACAAAAUUCUGAUAACUUCAAUGUAAAAAUAAUUUUCUAGCAUUCUGUUUUAGAGAAACUAGGAGAAGCAAAUGUUAUAGUGCCCUCUCUAUCGUUACCUUCAACUACUGUAAUCAUCUUUCUAUAGGAGUUUAUUGUGCAAGCAUCUUUAUUUUUUUGCUCAACAUUUAUUCUAGUCAUCUUGUUCUACAGUGCAUUUUCUUAUUCUAUUAACCAAAUAAAGGCAGUGCAUAUACCGCUUUCAAGACGUGUCUUUAGUGUGA